CUACUGCUCUCCGCUGAAGUCUCCGGCUGGAACUGGGGGGCGGGCCUUCCGGGAAAGGGGCGCGCGGCCGAGGAGGCUCGUGAGUUGGGACUCUUGCUCCUUGCCGCGCAAGAAAUGUCUUCACUUUCAGAAUAUGCCUUGCGCAUGAGUCGUCUGAGUGCCCGGCUGUUUGGUGAAGUUGCCAGGCCUACUGAUUCCAAAUCCAUGAAAGUGGUGAAGCUGUUUAGUGAGCAGCCUUUGGCCAAGAGGAAGGAGACUUAUGACUGGUAUCCUAAUCACAACACUUAUUUUGCACUCAUGGGGACACUACGUUUUCUUGGACUCUACAGAGAUGAGCAUCAGGACUUUAAGGAUGAGCAACUGCGUCUGAAGAAGCUUCGUGGAAAGGGGAAACCAAGGAAAGGAGAAGGGAAAAGAGCUGCAAAAAGGAAAUAGUGUUGGUCCAUCAGGAGAGGACUUCUCCCUCAGCAACCGAAAGCGGGAGGAAGUGUAUUUAUUGUCCCUCCACAUAUUGGAGGAGUAUAAGCUUCCUAAGCUGAAGAUUAUUCAGAGGAAUACAGUCAUCUCUGUGCUGAAGUCUAAUGCAGUUGAAUUGUGACUGGUUUCUUGAACACAUUUUAAUUCUGCAACAUUGUUUACCUUGGUUCUGUAAUCUGGAGUUUACCUUAUUCCCCAGAGAAAUGAGUGCAUGAUUACUAUUGAAUGACUUGUUUGGGAGGGGAUGGGAUGUUGGUGGAGUGGAGGGGAAACUCAUUAAAUGAACACUCUCAUUACUCCCUUCUUGCUUCCCCACUUAGCCAGCCCUACGCUCUUUCAUCUCUCUGGCUGUUCAGCCACUGUCUCCACCACCAAGCUCACAAACUUUAUGUGCCUCUCCACCUACUCCUUUGAGAAUAUCUGUAAGAUAAAUUUGUGGGAUAAAAGGCUGCAUCUGUUAAGAGAGUAUUGGGUACCUGCUGUAUACAGGCUACCAGAGCCCGGGUAAACAAUGGUUUGCAACAAACAGUCCCUACCUUGUGGAACUUUCAGUCCUGAGGGAGAGCCUAAUAUUACAUAAUUACAUAAAUACAAUUGUAUUACAUGCUACAAAGGAAAAAUCCAGACCAGACUUCUGUGAGAGUGUGGAUGGAUCGAUGGAUUGAUCCACGAAGAUAGCAAGAGGCCCAAACCUCGUUAGGUAUUUUAAAGAAGGUGUCGCUGAAGAGGUGAUAUUUAAGCGGGGCUCUGAAGGAUAAAUUAGAGUUAGGCAGGAGAAAAAUGGUGGAAAAGCGCUUGAGGCACAGAGAACACCAUUUGCAAAGCCCUAAGGUAAGAAGAAAUUGUCCCGUUCAAGGAAUUGGAAAAAAGACCACUAACUAGUAUGGGUUAGUCAUAAUGAAAUAGACAAAGGCCAGACUGUGAAGGGCUUUGCAAGUUCUGUGAAAAAGGUUGGACUUAACCAACUUACCCGGAGAUCAAAGUGUGUAAGACGUUAUUUCUAUGAGAGGUGAGUUGUAUACAGUUGAGGAGCUUGAUGCUCAUUGUAUUAUAUUCUAGCAGUGAGUUUCCAAUGAGGUUGCAAGGGCUUCUCUGAUUUUUUUUUUUUUUCCAAGAAUUCUGAAGAUCUCUAGCACCAUCUAGGAAAUUUUUUAAGUACUUUCUUUUUGUUGUGGUAAAAUCAUAAAAUUUACCAUCUUGACUAUUUUUAAGUGUACAGUACAGAAGUGCUAACCAUAUGCACAUUGUUGUGCCAAAUAAAGUACCUUUAACCUCGUUUCUACCUCCCAGGAAAAGAGAGCAAAGCACACAGGCGGGAGCACAUGCAGCAACUACUCCAGCUAUGAUUUUCUUUCCCUCCAACACUGGAAGUAUUGGCAAUAACUGCCCUGUGAGUAAUUCCUGAACUAGUAGGAAUCCUGCUGCAUAUGCUUAGAUAAAUGAUAUUUUUAAAGAGACCUAAUCCAUAUGGUAUAGCUAGGGCCUAUAUUACAGUUGGUAAGAAUAAAAACUAACUAAAAAUGGGUAAUUCCAUCUGAUAGAUGUGAAUUCCAGCAGAAGGCUGAGAAUCCAGUUAGCACUCUUCCCUGAGCACAUGCCAAUUUUAGAGGACACAGAUAAAUAGCCUUAGUCCUUAAGAUUGUGUGAAUGAGCAUGUGUGUGUUGUAAAGUAUUGACAAGAUCUUGGGGAUUUGCUCAGAAAAGUGCAGAUGCACUGUUACUCUUGGCCAGUGCAGCCGAGCCUGGUGGGUGGAUGGGCCCCAGGACACUGGGCUGAGAAACAGGCUGGUAGCCUGGAUCCCGUGUAGGUAAAUGGAUGUUCUGAAUCAUGCCAUCUCCACCUUUUGGAGAAAGACUAACUGUAAGAGGAACUUAGGAGCAUUAGGUUGCUACUUUAAAGAGGAUAACUGCUUUAGAUCCCAGCAGCUAUCCUGAGUCAGAACACAAGCCAGAAAUCUGUGUGUUGGUUCUCUGACGGGCCCUGAGCCUCCAAGGAGCCUUAGCACUAUUUGAUGGGGAAGCUGGAGACAACUCAGCAGCAGGCUGGCGCGGCGCUGCCCCAUAUGCUGGAAGUCAGAAACUAAAGCUAAAAUGCAUUUGUACAUCAGCCGUACCCUAAAACCAACUGAUACAGUAAACACUGUGCAACUCAAAACAGCUCGUACUGAGCAGUGGACCAGAUGGAAAGUAGAGGCUGAGA